AUGAAUGACGCUGCUGAGUCAGACGGUGUUGAGGAGUGGAUCGCCUCGCCGCGAAACGAGGUUGCUGCAGAGCCGGCUGCAACGGUUGCAACGCAGGUUGUCGAUGCGGCCACUACUGAGUCGACUGACGAGGAGAAGAAGGAGAAGGCGUACCUGAAGGCGCAGAAGAGCUACACGUCUGAUUGGCUGCCGAAGUUUGACUGGCUGAUUCUGGACAGGACCCCUGAGGGUGACCCGUGUCUGCGAUGCGGUGUCUGCAUGGAGCACGGGAAGGACAACGAGCGUUACGGUCGCAAUGGCGCUGGCGGUCGUGAUCUGCAGAUCGGGUCGAUGCGGUGGCACGAGAACAGCGCGAAGCACGAGGACGCGAUGAACAAGCAGGCGAACCUUCUGCAGAAGAUCGCCGACCAGAAGAAGAUUGAAGACUUCGCGAAGGGAGAUCCCGAAGGAUGUCGCGUCGCGGUACUCAUGCGAGCCAUGCGAUUUGUGUGCCGUACCGACACACCCAUCCACAUGUACCCGCAGAUCGUUCAGCUUCUCGCAGUGGAGGGGGUCGCCAACAUACCGCGACAGAGCUAUGGAGUGUACAUCACACACGAAGCACUUGCUGUGAAGGACACUGCCGGUGACGAGCAGUUCAAGAAUUUUGGGAUGGUAGACAAGGCCAUCCGUGCGGUUGGCGAGAUCGUGGGGAGAUCCGCGCCGUGGUACGAGAGGUUCAAAGAGCUCCAACUCGUGAUCCACAGCACCAACCUCGAGCACCAGGGACUGUUCGACGUGCGCUGGCUCUCCCGUGCCGAUGCUGUCAACCGCCUUGUCAAGAUUUUGGGGUCGGCAAUCGUGCUGUUCCUGGAGUACAAGCACAAGAUCGCCGCGGUUGUGCAGACCCUGAAAUUUCACUUCUGUCUGUACUUCCUGGCAGACAUUUUGGGGGAGUUGAACUCCCUGAAUUGUUUCUUCCAACGACGCAAGGUGGAGGUGACGCAAGUCACAGAGGAGGUCGACCGUGUGGUGUCCCUCAUCGAGCACCGCUACAUCGACUACGAGGGUGGUUUCGGGGCGGGUCUGAGCACCCACUUGUCUCCAUUCAUGGCACGUGUCAAGAAAGGGGACAAGAAGGUGAAGGUGGACGGUGUGGACGCUAGCGGCAGACCCGUCAAGCACACCUUCGAGCUCAGCGAGCUGCCGGACAAAAAGCACAAGUUCGGCGGGACCCUGGCAGAUUGCGUGAAGAUGGGCAAGGCCUUCGCCCGUGAGGUCGUGUACAACCUGAAGCACCGCAUGCGAGAUCUUCGUCGAAUGGGCGGCAUGAAACUGUUCAGGGUGGACAAGUGGCCAUCGAAUCCGGACACGCAUGUCGUGGACAUCUGGCGCAAGCAGAAGAAGAGGCGGCCGACAAAAUCCCCUGCACCCUUCCAACCAGCGGCUGACAAGAGCAAGCCUGAGGCCAGUGCGGACGAUGAGGGGGAGGCUGACAUGGCAGAGGAUGAGUGA